AUGGUAAACCGACGCGGCGCUUUUGACACAUUGAAAGUUGCAAGGUGUCGGGGAGAUUGGAAAGCAGGUCAACUGAGGGAUUUCGCCCAAAACUGGAUCAUGGCAGGAGCACCAAAAUCGUUAAUAAAAAUGAUAACAGGGUACGCAAUUCCGUUUUGCAAGAAACCUCCCUCAAUCCCAUUUUCCACAGCCAGUAUCCAAAGACUGCAAACCUCAGUCGAUGCGAAGAUGUAUCGAGAAAUUUCGAAUAUGUUGGCAACCGGAGUUCUACAGGAGGUCCCGAGCUCAGUGAAAUCCGGGUUCUUUCAAGAAUGUUCUUGGUCCCAAAAGCAGACGGCUCCAAUCGCCCCAUUUUCGACCUCAGAAGAUUAA